AAAAAGCACCGAUUAUUAAGUGAUCAUAAAAAUAAUCAGAGAUUAUAUACGCGCUUUUCUAAAAUAAACAACUUGCAACAAAACCGCGGUUAAAACCAACGCGUUCAAGCGAUUCGUGUAACUGACGUCAUCAACCCGUGUGUCAUCUUGAAACAUAUUAUAACCGCGACACAUAACACAGAAAUUUUGGUUAUUCGCUUGGAUUUGAUUACAGGCCAAAAUCCAAAAUGCCAAGUUUGACAUUUUAUAUUGACAUUUGUUGACGUUGUAAUGGUUGAUAUGGCUUGUUAGUUUUAUUCCACCCCCUUUUAAAAAAAAUUGUGAACAAGUUAACUAUUGGUAAUAAUGAGCUCGAGAAGCGAGAGGGAUAAAGCUAAACAGCUCCAGGAAAAAUGUCAAAGUGUUUUAAAUGCGUUAUUGAGGGACGAAGAUAAUAAGUAUUGCGUGGAUUGCGACUCCAAAGGACCAAGGUGGGCAUCAUGGAACAUAGGUGUUUUCUUGUGUAUCAGAUGUGCAGGGAUCCACAGAAAUCUUGGUGUGCAUAUCUCAAAAGUAAAAUCAGUUAACUUGGAUUCCUGGACACCAGAGCAAGUUGUGUCCUUGCAACAGAUGGGCAAUUCCAGGGCAAGAGCUGUGUAUGAGGCCAACUUGCCUGAUAACUUUCGGCGCCCACAGAAUGAUUCAAGCUUAGAAUCUUUCAUUAGGGCUAAAUAUGAGCAUAAGAAAUAUAUUGCUAGAGAAUGGGUUCCACCUCAAUUACCAAAAGUUGAUUGGGAGAAAGAGAUAGAAGAAGAGAUGGAAAAACAGCGUCGUAAGAAAAAAACAGUUGUAUCAACUUCACCUGCAGUUACAGAAAAGAAAGUGCUAGAAGGGGCUUCAGUAGAAGUUCCACAACUACCAAAGCCCACAAACCCUAGCCCCAAGUCUGGUAGAACUAACAAGUUAGAGAGGGAGAGGAAUAAGGAGAAAAAAGACAGUGAUUUGUUAGGAAUUCAGAAUGGUGAAGAUAAUUUCAGCAAUUUUGUGUCAGCACAGCCAAAAGCUGAUGAAAAAGAGUCUAACACUGAUGUCCAGAAAGAAGAAGAAAAUUUCUUCAAUCAAGUGUUGCCAACUGAAAAGGAGAAAGCCAAAUUAGAUAAGGAUAGCAUAUUGGCAUUGUAUGCGAAUACACCAGCAACUUACAAUAAAUUUUCACAGAUUCCGGGUCAGCCUAUGGUGGUUCAAAAUGCAUUCAGUGGUUUCCCUCAACAGCCACCAGGUUCCGUGUAUUCAGUGGUAGCCCAAAAUGGCCUUACAGGUGCUGCUGGCCUUCAAAUGCCACAUAUGGGCCCCCAAAUCAAUCCAGUUAUAACCAACAUACAUCCUGUAGCUCCAAGUGGGCUGAACAUGACGCAGAUACAAGGAUUAUCAAACAUGACCCAGAGUGGGCUUACUGUGACUCAAACAGGGCACAUACCCCCGGCUAUGCAGAGUGCAGUUCCUCCCGGAGGUCAAGCAAUGCAUUUAGGGCACAGUGGUCUGAACCAGCAGCAAUGGGCUAACAAGGGAAAUUUUGGACCUUUUGCUGUCGGACAACAGGCAGGUUUCCAGCAAUUUGGAGGUGUUCAUGGUCAGCAGUUUACAUCAGUGGGCUACAAUAGCGCACAAUUGCCGCAGGUUCCACCUACCGCUUUCCAGCAACAGACUUAUCAACAACCCACAGCAGUUUUCAACAAUUCGUCAGCAACGGUGGUUCCCAAUGCAAUGUAUGCCACUCCGAAUACUUUGCAACAGCAGUUUAGCAACUUGAAUCUUAAUACUAGUAACUCAUGGCAGUAGUAAGAUGAUGAAAGUGAAUGAAAAUAAUGUGGAAAAGUGGUUGAAGGGUAAUAUGACGAUGGAUAUACAGGGUGUUACAACAUUUGACAUACUCUAAAAAUUGCACUGCUUUACACACCCUGUAUUUCAAGAUAAAAAAUAAACGCUGUUUAAACACUACAUGUGAAUUUCAGUAAGUAGUUUAAUUUUGUUUAUUUAUUGGAAGGGAUGGGUUGCAAUAGAUCUCCAAGGUGCAAAAUAAUUUGAAAACGAAUUUUAAUUUUAAUACUAUUUAUUUUAGUAUUCUUUUAGAUAGUGUAAUUUUCAAGAAAACUAUUGAGCUUUCAUGAUGAAGUUCAUUGUGAUUUUUUUAUUUGUAUUGUUGCGUUAGGAAACUUGUAUUUUUAUUACAUUCUUUUUUUAUAUAUUGUUUUAAGUGUAUAAAAUGUAUUAAGAAAUGUAUGCAUACAAGGGUACACGAAAAGUUUUGAUAUUAUUUCAAUUCACAUUAUUUAAUGAAUUAUUAGACCAUGUAGAUAAAAAAUGUUAAUUUUAUGUAGAUUACAAUCAUUGAUCUAUACAAGAAAACUAUUUACUGUUCUUGAUAUCAAUUGUAAUAAUGAAAAACAAUAAUCUAGAGACUAUUUUUUUGUAGUUAUAAAUGUGUACAAAAAUACAUAGUGCCAGUAUAAUAUGGUGCGUCACUUUUUUGACUAUUCAGAUUUAUUCAGAGUUAUCAAAAUGUAUCUACUAUUUUUGCUAGUUAUCUGAUUCACAUGCUUUGAAAUUCACAUUAAUUAAAAUAUGACAUUAAAAUAGACCAAUAACAGAAGAGAAUAGUAAACCUCUAUAGAAACACUAACGACAAAAGUGAUACUAAGUAAACUAGAUACUUGACGGAAACAUCACAUCUGCAACCAAUACAACUUAUUCCUGCCACACCCAAAAAAUGUAGUUAUAUAAAGAGAAGACAGUCAAGGCGAAUAAAAUUAGAGAACGAUAAGAGAAUAACAUAGCCUCCACAAAGCAGCUGAUGGCUAAGCACGGCUGUUAUUCAUUUUUUUGUCGAAAAUAAAUGCGUUGUCGCCAGAUAAAUAAUCCUUUUGGAUAAAUUCAUUGACCAUCACUUGCAGUGAACCCAUUUUUUGUUAAACUUUACUCUUUUUUGGACAUUUAUUCAUGGUAGGGAUGUUUAUCAUCCAUUUGCAACUUACGAAAUGUAUUUUUUAUUCAGUCUAUAUGUAUGAAUGCGAAUGCCUGUCCAGCCUAUCAGCAUUUCGUCUGAACCACAAUACCCAGAAACGUACACUUACUAUUUGAAACCGGAGGAAGGUUAUAGGCGUGGGUUUAUCCACGAAAAUAUACAGGGUAUUCUGAAGGUAUGGAUAAAUCAUAAUAUCUCGGAAAAUACGUUUCCUAGAGAAAAAUGUUAUAGGAAAAAGCUCCUAGUUUUGAAAGGAUUCAUGUAAGGGUGAUUUUGAACGUGACCAUGACUAUGACGUUUAAGGUCAUUUGAAGGUCGAAAUAAUUUUCUUAGAUGAAUCUUCUAUUUUCGACACCAGAAAUGUAAAGAGCGGGAAAUGUUUCAUUGAAGUAUGUCUUUGCUUUGAAAAAUAGGAUUCAUAAAGAAAAAUGUUGUGCAAUAAAGUCGUAAUGACUUUGAACGUGUGGCCUUGACUAUAAUCUUCAAGCUCGUUUGAAGGACAAGACAGUUUUCAUAAAUGGAAACCCAAAUUUUUGAUAAGAAAAUAAAAAGAGCAAGACCAUCAAAGUCAUUUGAAGAUCUAUUUUUAAUUCCUGAAAUGCAAAUUUUGGAGAAUUUUAGGUCCGUUGCCAGUGAACCUGACUAUGACCUUCAAGGUCGUUUCACGAUAAUUUAUAUAUAAAGUAAACUUCUUACCUUUUGUCAAUUAUUCAAGGAUAUAAAAAAAGCUAAACAUUGAAAUUAAUUUAUUGUUGCAAUGAAAUUUUGGAUAAAAAACGUUCAUUGCCAAAGGAACUAUUGCUUUACUUUGAAUAUUGCAUUUCUUUCUCCGGAACCAAUUUCCUUCACACUAAUGCAAAAUGAAUGUCCUAAGCUUUACACUACUUUCACGCGAGCGGAGCGACGGAUUUAGCCUAGUAUAGUUAUAAAUCACACUUUUCGCGAGAGAAGGUAUUCUCAAAACCUGUAAGUUAUCACAAAGCUACUUAACUUUUAGGGUCCUACGCGGAAUACUACACGACUUGGUUGGGUAAUAAAAGAAGUACAUCAGCUUGUAAUUCAAAAGUUUUCUAAUUUCAUAUUACUUAUUUGUGCAAUCGUCGGUGUAUUUGAUAUGGUCGCGAGUUCUAUAGACAGCCUGGCCUUAAGACGAUAUGUUUAUUUCGUAUGGCGUACUAUAAAUAUUUUAUGGCAUCUUAGCAAUACCGGUACUCAUCGCGUACUGAUAUGUUGAAAUCUAGUCAAAAUACGUAAGAUGUGACUAGUUUUUGUCGUAUUGUAUCAGUACGCGAUGAUGUAAUAAAAAAUGUACGAUUGGCUUCCCUACUAUAAUGCGGAUGGCUCAUUGUCAAUGGGGCCGUCCGGAGAAUUAUACAGGCAUUCCAGAAGUGUCUUCUCUUGAUAUAACUACCCUAUAAGUGAAUUAAUGGCUUUGUAAGCUUACUCUUUAAAAUAAUUUUUUGUACUGUGUAUUUUGUUAUAUCUUAACUUCGAACUUUGCUAGAAAAUUAUCCAUCAAUGGCAGAAAACAGUAUCAAAACUUAUUGUGUAGCCGAUGUCUAUAUAAAUAAACAUAUGAUGUAUAAAUCCAUAUUGUGAUGGAUUAUUUUAAAAUUGAAAAAAUAAACCGAAAUUAUUCCACAUUUUUUAUUAUUCCUUGAUGUUUGCAAGUGGGUUACUAAUGGUCGGCUUGACAAACUUGUGAAAUAACUAUUUGUAUAUAACUUAAUAAGCUGAUUUUUCAAAAUACC